GCCUGCUGCGCCAUGUUCUACGCUCCCUCCGACUCCGUGGGGCUCCUACUUCCCGAUCUCCCCGCGACACAUGGCUACGCCGACGAGAUGGCCAGACACGUUGACGCCAUCCUUCAUUUCCACAUGGGCUUCAACGAGACUCUCCGGGAAACCUACAUCACGCAGAUUUUGCGUGCCACCAAAGCUCAGUGCAUCACUACGAGCCCGCCGACAAAGUGGCCGCGCACCCUGAACAGAGACUUCAUUGCCGGCUGGAUCGCGGCGCACGGGGACAAUUGGGAAUCGACGCUCACUUCAGGCCUUCAAGUAUGGCAGCCCCGGAAAGAACAUCGCCAGGGUCUCACAACGAUCACUCUCGAGGACUGGGGCAUCGCCCUGGGGGUGUCCUUCAAAGGGUACCGGCAGGACCUACGCCCCCAAUACGUGCAACAGAUCUUGGACGCAGCGCGGGCACUUCCACGCAGCUCGACACCACACGACACCAGGCGGACGAAGUGGCCUCGCAUACUCACCGCCGACUUCAUCUCUACGUGGAUUGCGGAUCAGGGCGAGUCCUGGGAAACGACUCUAGAAUCCGGCCUGCAAGCCUGGAGCCCUGCCAAAAAGCAGCGGCACGGCAGCUUCGACAUUACUAUCGAGGACUGGUGCGUCGCCCUAGGGGUGUCCUUCAAAGGGCACCGCCAAGCCUUGCGGCCCCAAUACGUGCAACAGAUCUUGGACGCAGCGCGGGCACUUCCACGCAACUCGACAGCAGACGACACCAGGCGGACGAAGUGGCCUCGCAUACUCACCGCCGACUUCAUCUCUACGUGGAUUGCAGAUCAAGGCGACUCCUGGGAGACGAUUCUAGAAACCGGCCUGCAAGCCUGGAGCCCUGCCAAAAAGCAGCGGCACGGCAGCUUCGACAUCGCUAUCGAGGAAUGGUGCAUCGCCCUGGGGGUGCCCUUCAAAGGGUACCGCCAAGCCUUGCGGCCCCAAUACGUGCAACAGAUCUUGGAUGCAGCGCGGGUACUUUCAGAUAGUUCGACAGCAGACCACAUCAGGCGGACGAAGUGGCCCCGCAUUCUCACCGCCGACUUCAGCUCUACGUGGAUUGCAGAUCAAGGCGAGUCCUGGGAGACGACUCUAGAAUCCGGCCUGCAAGCAUGGACCCCUGCAAGAAAGCAGCGGUACGGCAGCUUCGACAUUACUAUCGAGGACUGGUGCAUCGCCCUGGGGGUGUCCUUCAAGGGGCACCGCCAGCCGGCAAAAAAGCAGAGAGGCUCCGACGACAUCACCAUCGAGGAGUGGUGCGCAGCUCUGCUCAUUCCAUUCAAAGGUUUCCGCAACGACCUCCGGCCGCAGUACAUCGACCGCAUCCUUCACGCUACUUGCACUCUGCGAGCGGAGCCUCACUGGCCAGACGACCUCGACGCAACAUUCAUCAAGCAGUGGGCUCGCCAGAACCCCCAGGAGUGGGAACACCGCCUGCGCGAGUGGCUCCCUACAUGGAAUCUCCGCACCACACGCACUGCCGCCCCCAUCACUGUCACAGCGUGGUGCGUCGCGCUGUGCAUCCCUGUCGGCCACGACCAACUCUCUGCCGCUCUCCUGCCGGAGUACACCGAAAAAACCAUCCACCACGUCAACAUGCCCCUGCGCAUUCCGACAUGGGACCUGCCUCUGCGCACCGCCGCAGUCGUCCAGUGGGCGAAGCAACAUCCAGACGAGUGGCCUCCCAUUCUGCAACUCUCCCUUGACACCUGCGGCGUGCACUCACCAUCCAGCGACGCGACGCUCGAGCCAACGCUGGAAACGUGGUGCUCUGCUUACGACAUAGACUCCACGGACCUGCACAAACGUCGUCGGCAACGCGCGAAACAGAUCGUCGCCGACACUGAGCUCUACGUGACCCUGCCGAUUACCGCAGACGACUUGCACGCCCUAUGCACCUGCAACUACGACACAGUGCACCAAGAGGCUGCUAAGAGCGCCCUUCGCCUGUCGCCCGCGUCUGGCCGAGACUCUCCACGGCCCGGUUCGGAGACCAACAUCGGUUCCACUCGGUUCUCAACCGCAAAGUUCUCUUCCGAGCCCAGCUCUCCGAAGAGGAAGUCCAGCAAUGGGAACGACACCUCGGGCGCGACAUCUGGACUGAAACGGCCGUCAGCGAUUCCUACAUUCCUGCCGGCCUUCUUCGUGACCAGGGCACUCGACAUUCGUUCCCUCGCAUACCUCUCUGUGGCGCCCCCGUCGCAUGCUACCUUUGUGGCCAUGGCUGCGACCCGAAGGAGGGGCAGCGGUCUCAAUGAGCACCUACCCGAGGUCCACUGCAGCGUCGACGGCCUGGACGCCUUGCGCCUCGAGGAAGAGUACCGCAAGAGAGUUUACGGCACAAGCGUCGUGCACCCUUGGGCCACCGAUUCCGACGGCACUGCCUGGCGAUGGAUACUGGACAGCACAACUAUCCCUGUCUCCACGGACGGUGGCCCUGGUCUACAGCCGGACAACACGCUGCGACCAUACUCCGACGGCAGCUUUCCUUCCAUACCCACGUGCCUGAGCUGCAGACUCGACCUCUCCAAGAACACGCCCCUCCUCCCUCGGUGCGCGCUCGCUAACGACAACCUCAUCCUGCGAGAACCUGUAGCGUUCCGGAAACACGGUGCGAAGCUAUCUCCCAUGACGUUCGCCAUGCUCGCCCUCGCCCGCAUGCUCGUGCGGGAAAUAAUCGCUGAGAAAACAAAGAAGGCGGAUCCCCGCACGAAACAGAAGGGAUUGCGUGGCAAUUCAAUUUGCUUCCCGCAGGCGCACGCCAGGGAGCUGGUGACCCAAGCCCUCCCUGCCGAGCCCGAGGUUUCUCAGCAGUUCUCCGCAGACGGCCUCUCCAUCGCGCUUGCGGGUGCAUCCGUGGACGACUUGGACAAGGCUACGUGGGCUGAGGUCCCCCGGGAAGCCUACAUGACGGCAGUGCGUUUCUGCGUGGCUCACUCGGAAGCUUACCACGCCCUCGACAUCGACGAAGACGAAGCCGCACGACGACUCCAAGAAGCGGGGCACAGCUGCGCUGAAGUUCUCCAACAAGCCACUAGCAUUCAAGCCACCACACACACGCCGCAUCUCAUCCCUGGGCCAGCCACGUUCGACGCACCCGAAGUCCCCGUUCCAGAAAGCAUUGUCGCAGAAGACGGGAGGCCCAUGGAAGAUCCAAGCGCCAGUACGACACCCAACAUCACGCACGACACCGUACCUCCACCCGAAAACCGGCGCCCCAUGUCCCAAGGGACCGCCGACGACCUUUGCCCCGACUCCGACGACGUGAACCUCCACUGCGCCGCCACGGACUUCUCCACGGGUGCACUAGAUGCUGACCGAGCGGCUUGCGAGUUCGCUGCCAAGCUCGAGCUCCUGUCCUCCAAACUUUCCACAGAUGUACCCACCGCCGACAUCGCCACCGAGAUUGAGUCUCUUCAGUCCUUGGCCAAAUACCUGAAUACUGACGAAUACCGCAAGCAGUUGGACCGCGCUUUAAAAGCCAUGGACGCAGCAGAGGGCCGAGGGCCUGCCGCCCGGCAAAACCCUGGCAGCACUUGGGUCAUUCCUACCGGAAAGCGCCCCCUUUCGAUGUACGAGAAGGAGUUCUGGCAAAAAGCAUUCCCUCAGCUGUUCCCCUACGGGGAUGGCGUCUUCGGCAUCGACCGACGCCGCCCGCUAUCUUGCCAGCAAUGGUGUCGCAUGCUCCUGCUACGCACUGAGCUCCGAUAUCAAGUCCACGCCGCUUCGCCACAUGAAUGCCCUCUUCUCAAGCGCGGCGCUCUGCCGUGCGCGCAGUGCACCAGGGGCGCCGCGCCAUUCGUCCCGCCAGCCCAACCACGCUGGGGCGCCGAUGUAGAUUUCUUAUGCGUCCUGCACGACUCUUGGCGCAGGAUGGAACUCACGCGCAGAGCUGGGGCCCACGUGCGGCGAAGAGGUUUUCAAACCAGCGUGAACCUCGUGUGUCAAGCCACGGCGACACAACUCCGAUCCGCCUUCGAUUCCAUGGGUGACAGAGCCGGCUUCCGAGAGUGCUUGCUUUCGGACAACGCUCCCGCCUCGUUGCGGGAGGCCGUGCGCAACCUCCUCUUCUUCAGCAGCGACGUUGUUGGUUCCGAAGGUGCUCGUCAACAGCUGCGCCACGAGCAGAUGGGAGACAUGCUCCGGUUCGGUGGCAUUGGAGGCUUCCUCGCGCCAAACGUCGCAGACACCCGGAACCCUUUGGUGGUCGUCCUCCAUGCCGGCUGCCUCAACCACACCAGCGGAGGACUGAAUGACGACGGCGCUACGGAAAGGUGGCAGCGCGGGGACAAGUUCGACGGCGACCUCGAGGGCGACCGAAAGGACCUUACUAAGCGGCGACUUCUCGUGCCUCCUGCGCCGGCUUUCGUCGACCACCACGUCCGACGCCACCCCGCGACGCAGAUCGACGCGAACACAGGAGACGAGAGCAACCCUGUCACGGCAGCACCCGCUCCGGCCUCCGCGCGAUACGAGAACAACCUCGGAGUUGCCACCUUCCGUAACGGCACCAGCUUCGACAGUGCAGGCGGCUCCGAUGAUGACCGAGACGAUAUCACGCAUCCAUCUCGCACUAUCCUGGUGACGGGAUUUCCAGACUCCUGGCUCCGCCCCGAUACAGCGGCGUCGCUGCCAGACAGAAUCAACAACCUCUUCAUGAACUUCGGCGCGCUGGGGUCGCUGCCCGUUCUCCGCCCCGGACCCCCGUUGCACGCCACCGUCGCCUUCAAGCACGCGGCCAUCGCUGCGCUCGCAGCUAGAAAGAUCGACGGCGUGGACACCCGGACCAACAAAGAGAUCCAGAGAUGCGGUGGCCGCGCUGCUGCCAGCUACCAACGCUUCCACGUGCACCUCCUGCCAUCGAGCGGAAAGUCAGCACCACGCCCCAUGGAGCCGGUGGAGAUCGCGCGCCCGAUGCCAGAGUACCAUCAGACGCAGCCGCGCACCGCAGGCCCUCACCCGGGCCCGACUUUGGACGAGGCCCAGCGUGACAUGCUUUCGAGGAGUACGCGCUAA